AUGUACUACUCUCUCCAAUUCGCAGCACUUGCGCUGUUGGGCUUGGGCAACUUCGUUGUCGCUCUUCCCGGAGGCAGCCCGCCCGUCUAUGGCGGCUCCUCGAGCGAGGCUGGUGGUGCGACGACUUGCAAGGCCACGUCCACCUACACGGUUACCAAGACUGUGAAGGGCGGGAAAGCAACGUCAACGAUUACCAAAGUCCAGACGGUCCCGGGACAGGGAUCGACCACGACGGUUACGAUUCCAGGCGGAACAAUUACCAAGGUGGAGACGGUCCCAGGCCAAGGAUCGACUGUUACCGAACAUGACACCAAGUACACCACUAUCGUCUCCACGGGAAAGUGUGAUGCUCAGACGACAACUCUCACUCUCCCAGGAACGACCAAGUACUCCACAACGACGGGGCAGUGCAACGCUCAGACGUCGACUCUUACGACGACCAAGUACUCCACUGUCAACGGCGGAACAACGACCCGCACGGUUACUUCCACUCAGAACGGCGGAUCCACCACCCUGACGUCGACCAAAUAUGCAACCUCCACCUUGACGCUGCCAGGAAGCACCAUCACGUCGACUGGUCAAUGCCACGCCUCGACCAAAACUCUUACUCUUCCAGGGACGACAAAGUACUCCACGACGACCAAGUUCUCCACUGUCAAUGGCGGAACAACCACCCGCACGGUCACUUCCACUCAGAACGGCGGAUCCACCACCGUCUACAAGACGUCCACGGUUUCGAUCCCGGCCGGUCCAGCUCAGACUACCACUGUCUACAAGACGUCCACUGUAACAAAGGAAGGCGGGUACACAACGGUGACAGCGCCAGGCGGCUCGACAACUAUUACCUCCACGGUCACCAAGGGCAAGAACUGCCCAACCAAGCCGGUCUCGACCUACACCACCACCUGCACCGAGACAAAGAAGGCGACAAAGACGGUAACGGAGAAGUGCGAGGCUACUGGGUACACCAGCUAA